ACAACAUAAUCAACUUUGUUUUCGUUAGCUUACGUUAUGUAAUUAGUCAGCUACUUGCUAAAUAACCUAAACAAUAGAUGGAAGUUCAGGAAACUUUGCCACUGCGAGUUGGGGUCGACAAAGCGGCUAACCAGAAAGCAACUGCAGCGUCAAUAACCCCAAAAAAUAAACUUAUCACUAACUUUGCUUGUGCCUCGUCCAAACUUUGAUCGGUGAUGGUCAUUAUUUGCUGCAGUAUAUCACCAAUGUCUCUGCGGGGUUCGUGUCCGUUUUCUGUGCCCUCGAGGCCAGAGUCCCCUCCGUCGGACCGAUGCUGGGAAGCUUGAUGGGCCGAGUUAAGGGCAUGCAUCCCGGGGUGGCCACUCAUGCCGAGUCCCCGGCCGUUGGCAGGCCCGUUGCCAGUCAGAGGCUGCUGCUGCAACAUUUUCAGCGACGCACAGUGGCGACGACUGCUGCCCAACUGUGCUCACAGGCUUACAGCACAGCCUGAGCCAAUGCAUCGCAGAAAGCAGGGUCCCCUAGCGAUUGACAGGAAAAUUUACAAGCCAACAAUGCUGGAUAUUGAAAAGCCAAAAAUGCUGUGCUCCAUACGUGGCAACUUCAAGAGAUGAUGCUUUGAAGACAUAAAGUUUAAAACACAAAGGGUUUUGACAUCAAGAUUAAUGGACUGCGCUGAGAUCCAAGUUGAAAUGGCUGAAGAGGGUCUGAUAGAGCGUCUCGUCAUCACCGAAGAGGGAGACAUAACUGAGGGUGUCAUUGAAAGAGGGGCAGUGGACUGUUCAGUUGUCAUCGCACAGAGCUGCAGAGGAGAGUCGGCUCUGAAAAAGGAAGAGGAACAUACAGCAGAGAACAAAAAUAAAGAAGACGUAGCGAGUAACAUGUGUUUAGAAGAGCAGAGCCUGGCAAAAAAACAAACCAACACAGAGGACGACCAGACAGGAGAGGUUGUUGCGAACGUAAAGGACAAACAAGAUGGUAAACAAGAGGAAAGUGAGAACAUGAAUGAUAAACAAAGUGAGAGUGAGGCGCAGACACAUGAGAGGAUGAGGAAUAAUGAAAAACCUGAGAAACCCAGUGACAUAGAGGAUAAAAAGUUUUCACAAAAUAACCCUCAAGCGGACUUUAAGAGGUCAGAUUCCUCUGAGCAACAACCUGAAGGAACAAAAAGCCAAGAAGAGGAUCCAAAAAAGGCUCAUCGUUUAACCCCUGACUUCCCGGAAGCACUGUACGAGCUGCUCUGCACCCUUCAGGAGGGGAGACGGCUCAAUGACCAGCGCUGCUCCUUCAGGCUGGAGAGGGGGAUGAGGAGGCGGAGGUGCCAUUCUGAGCCCAACACCACCAAACCAGCCAACAGAGUCGUCUUUUCCUCCAUGACUUCACUGCAGAAAGAGGAGUUUUUUGAACUGGUGGCCACCUCUCAAGCUCGUCGACUGGAUGACCAGAGGGCGCAGCUCGAAAGGUCUCAACCCACAAAACCAAAAGGCAGAAGUUUCAGAGGCAGCAUAAAGCAACUCUCUUUUGUGAAAAAGCCUGCGCCAGUUCCUGUACCCGUGCAUGUGCCUGUGCCCAAAGAGGAUCUGUACAAUAUGAUCCUCACGACACAAGCCCAAGGCAGGCUGGAGGACCAGCGCAGCAGGGCUCCUGGUCCCAUGGAUGAUGAUGAUUUCUUCUCCCUGCUCCUGAGGGUCCAGGGAGGACGCAUGGAUGAGCAGAGGACUGAAUUACCGUGCAUGCUCCAAACCUGAGAUGGAAAACAAAAAACUGCUACAGUGGGAACCAUCCAGUACUGUAGCUUUUUUAGUCUGAUUUCCUGGUAAAACAGGGUUUUUUGUUGACUUUGAUGAAGCUUUGUUUUUGAGAAUUGCUAUCUCUUGAUAGUCACUGUUAAAGCUGAUGAGAUUGUAGCAGAAAUGCUAAUGUUUCUGGCUUUUAAUGUGACUCAAGGCACGUUUCUUAUGAAAUCGUGAAGUUUACUGCUAGUUAGGUACUGUUUUUCUUUCCUAGUAAAUAGGAUCAGUAGAUAUGCUUCCUUAUUUUACCAAAUUUUCAGUUUUUAUUGAGUGUCUGCGAUGUGGUUGAAUGAUUUUGUGUGUGUUCCAGUUGUUAAUGUGGAGGAAGCAGUCGACUCGUCUCUGUUGUUUCUCCUUAUUUGUACAGUAGACAUUUAACACAUAAUGAAUGGUGGUGAAGAGAUAAUAGCUCCAAGGCCACACAGUGCUUGACUAUAUAUGGAUAAUUUCCCUCCAGAAAAUAAAAAAAACGUGUAUCUGA